GUUUUACGGCGGUAAACACAGCUUGCCUGUUUUGGCGCGGCUGGACAAGCCUAGCGCAAGGGGACAGGAUAGACAACCUCAACUGUCCGGGGAAUUCUCGUCCUAAAGCUACUCCACCCUCCUCUCAGGCCUUCUUUGUCUCGCCAAACACACAGGGAACAGGUUUGCACGAAGAAUCCACGGAAAAAUUCGUGCUACGAGCUUCGGAAAGCGAAGAAAGUGGGACUAUAGCGAGGACUGAAAGUGAAAGUGCUUGCUUCAGUGACAGCCAUCACUGAAAAAGAUCAACCGCGGAAAAUUUGUCUUCUCAGCUUUCUUGAACAGCGGCCAGCCGUGACAGCAUCAUCUCGGGUCAGCAGUGAAACAUGGGGUGCUGUCAACCUUGCUGUCGGUGCUGUCCAGGCAACAAGCGAGAUGAGGAGGAGGAUGAACGAUGGCAGCCUCUAAUGGACCGCAGCUGUACUGAUGUCAUCGCUCUGGUCAUCUUCAUUCUCUUCUGGGUCGGGAUGUUCUUCAUUGCUGCUUAUUCCAUAGCGGGUGGGAACGCGUACCGCCUGGCCUAUGGGACAGACAGCUACGGUAACGUGUGCGGGAUGAAGAACGAGAAGAACGCGAACAUCAACCUGAAAUCUGCCGGAUUGGACAUGACGGGGAGGCCGUAUGUGUUCUUCAUGGACCUCUUCAACCCUGCGGAUGCGCUGGAGAUCUGUGUCAGUAAGUGUCCCGACCAGGACCUAAACUCCAUCCAGGAGGUCCAGGAGUUUGCCAAGAACUCCUCCUCCUCGCUGUGUGAAUACGACGUGAAACAGGAGAACAUACUGACGGCGGGUCAAAGUCACCUGGGUCCCUGUCCCAGCACUCCGGUUAAAGCAAGUACCUCCUUCCUGAAUCGUUGUGUUCCCAAGGACGCCCCUGACUUCUUAGUCAAGUUCAUGGCCAUCUUGAACAGCUACGACAUCUUCUACAAGGUCCUUAGUGAUGUCUUCCAGGCUAGGGCAGAGAUUGCCGGGAUGUGUGUCCUUGCACUUGUGGUUGCCUUGUUGAUGGUGGCUCUCAUCAGAUUUGUGGCAGGUUUCGUCAUGUGGAUCUUCAUGGGUAUCGUGGCUGUCGCCAGCAUCGUUGGGACAGCCCUACUGUGGUGGACCUACGCAACCAAGAAUCAAGAAUACUACGCUGUACCUGAAAAUGAGCGACUAGACGAGAACGGGAAAGAUGUGACGGCCUUCCUGGUGUACUCCAUUAUCGCCACAAUCGCAACAGUUGUUCUCCUGAUUGUGCUGAUCGUGAUGCGGAAGCGAGUGAAGCUGGUGGUGGCCCUGUUCCACGAGGCGGGGAAGGUGUUCAUGCACACCCCUCUCCUGGUCCUGCAGCCGCUCUGGACAUUCAUCGCUCUCGCUCUCUUCUUCAUCUACUGGACAGCUGUCCUGGUCUUCCUAGCAACCGCUGGAGAGCCUACAGUGGAUACCUCCACUGGCUGGGUGACGUACCGCGACCCUGAGCCAGUACGGUACAUGUGGUGGUACCACGUCGUGGGGCUCAUCUGGACCAGCGAGUUCUUCCUGGCCUGUCAGCAGAUGGUCAUUGCUGGGGCUGUAACUCAAGUUUACUUCACUAGGGAUAAGAAGCAGGUGUCCUCCCCCAUCCUGAAGGCUACAGGUAGACUCAUCAGCUAUCACCUGGGCUCCGUGGCUGUGGGCUCCUUCAUCAUCGUACUGGUCAAGAUUCCCAGACUUAUUCUCACCUACAUACAGGCUAAGUUGAAGGAUAAGGAGAACUCGUGUGUGCAGUUCACCCUGAAGUGCUGCAUGUGCUGUCUGUGGUGUCUGGAGAACUGUCUCAAGUACCUCAACUAUAACGCUUACACGGUUAUAGCUAUUGAGGGGACCAGUUUUUGUACUGCAGCCAGAAGGGCGUUCCUGGCUCUGGUGUCCAACGCACUCCGCGUCGUGGCGAUCAACAGUGUCGGGGAUUUCGUCCUCUUCCUGGGCAAACUGGGCGUGGUAGCCAUUGUGGGCGCCAUCUCGCUUAUCAUCUUCAGAGCUCCGAGCGAAGUUGAAAGAACCGACGCCCGUCUCCACUACUAUGCCGUGCCCAUCCUGGUGAUCUGUGUGUUCGCUUUCUUCAUCGCACACUGCUUCCUCUCCGUGUAUGAGAUGGUUGUGGACACCUUACUGCUGUGUUUCUGUGAGGACUGCAGGAUCAAUGAUGGGUCCCCUGGUCGAGAAUACUAUAUGGACAAGUCACUACUGGAAUUUGUGGAGAACAGCAGUGAGGCGCUGAAAAACUUGGACAAGAAGAAGAAGAAAGAAACUGCCAAUGCCAACGCCAAUGAACAUGUGGAGCUGAAAGAAACGAUGAAUUCUUCCAGCAAAGCUGACUACGUGUGAAUAGUGCAGCAGAACUUCACAACAGACUUCUAGCAGUAACUGCACUCUUCACUCUUCCGUUGACAAGAAUCCAACUUGCAGUUAAUGAUGACAGAAAUCAGUAGAAGUAGAGCCAUCGUAGUUUUUAGUUGUCAAAAACUGAUGUUUUUAAGUGUGAUUAAAAAAAGCCUUUUUUAACGUAAAAGUAUCCCGGCCUGCGUUUUUAUGCUGCAUUGAUGCUGGAUAUAUUUUUGUAUCGUUUUACUUUUAGAAAGAUGUAAAGCUAGACGAAUGUACAAUUGGAGCUGUUGGUGGUAGAAGAAAUAUUUGCUGACGGAGUAGUUUUUUCUGUUUUAGAAUAGUAAAACUGGGUUGGACAAUGUUUUUUUAAAUUCCUUGGCCCAAUCAGGCAGGGUACAAAGUCAUUUCAAUUUGCCAGAACCAUAUCUUCACUGGCCAAAAAUAUGAAUAUACAUUUUGUAACUGCAGCAAGGAAAUCUUAUUUUCACUUUCAUUAAAAAAAGAAAUGUUGAUUCAAAGCAUGAAAGAAUGUUUAAUACAAGAUUGUGCAUGCCACUGGGAUUGCGAUUUAUUCAUGCUAGUAUGCAUAUCGACACAAACAUUGAAUCGCACUAGACCAAUCUGGUACAGGAUGACAUGCACUUGCCCAAUCAGCACUUGCACUUGCCCUGGACAGUUCGGCCAAUGGACUUGUCCACCCCUAAUCAUGUUUGAAAUGUAGGAAUUGAUAAAUAUUAUGUUCUUUAAAUUUGCUGCUAGUUAUAUUAUAGGAAAAGAGCAUGCCAUAUAAGGGACUUCUUUAACCUCAUCCCUCCCAAGUCCGCCUUCAGGGACCAGUUUUGUACUGGUUAAGGGGUUUAUUGGUUGGGAGAAGGUUAAUUGUUAUCACAUUACAUGUAUGUCAAUGUUAAGUUCAACCUCACACCUUUAGGAUAUGUAAAUACCUGCUCAUUGUUAUGAUGCCAUCUAUAUUUGCCAGUGGAAAAUGUCUGCUUGAGCCAUAUUCAUGUAAAGCUAUAUACGAGAAAGUAUUCUUAAAAUAGGAAAUAAGAUUUCUAAGGCCUAGCAAAAAAUGUUGUGUUGCUGGUUACAGUUAAAAAAAUAGUUGUAAGGUAGGGAUUCGCCUUUUUCUUCUUUCCUUCAUGUCUUUUCUUUCAGAUUUAAGCCAAAUGGUUCAACAAAUAACAUUCAGCCAUUUAAAACUGAGCGACAUAAGGCGCUGGUAUUAUCAGCAUUGAAUUGUAAUCAUACAGAGUAGUCAUACAAGCAAAGUAUGUUUACUACAUAAGACCUGAAGUGCUGUGUUAAAUGCACUUUCUUAAAUCAACUAUUCAAAUUCCUUGAAUAGAGUGUAAGAUACCGCGAGUUUUUAAAUUUCAUUACUCAGAUUUUUUUUUUUAAUUAUGGCGGGCCUUACCAGUUGCCAACCAAAAACAAGGGCUUGAGUAGGCAGGGUUUUGCUAGGGUUGGUCUUGUAGCUAGAAACGCAACAUUUUUUCCUAGUCUUUAGGCCUUGGUACUGUACAAUGUAUAAAGCUUUAGGGUUGUUAAGUCAGUGUUGUAGCACUAGAACAAUACUGUAAAUUCGUAAAGUUUGCAGUGGUUUUAUGUGCGCGUCUUUUGGCACAGUGCAUCAACAGUACAUGUUAAUGUGACUGCAGCACUAUCGCGAAUUUAAAACCCACGCGAAAACUUCAUUUUCUCCCUAAACCAAAAUAAAAUCACGGGGAUCUUAAAUACAAAAGUACCUAUAGUUGAAUAUUUGUAGUCUUUGUGAAUGAUGACACCAGCUUUAUACCAAACUUUUGGACACUCUAAAUGAUGAGCGUAAAGAAAUGUUGUUAUGGACCUACAAUGUUUGUACAAUGUAAGCCUAAGGCAGCUAUGUUUCAAUAUCAGUAGUAUAGCAUGUAUAUAAUGUCUAGACAUUUUAGGUGGUGUAGUAUAUGAUGAUAUUAUGUAGCUUUUGUGUAUAGAUGUCAUGAAGUUGUGCGCAUUGUGACUGUAUUGUGGGUACAUUCCAGUUGCAAUUUCCUUUCCGCUAUGAUCGUGUUACCAUAAAGAGCAA